AUGCUCCGCCGCUUGCGCCACGCAGCAGCGACACCGCGUCGUCUACGCACGUCCAGCACGGCGCUCGUUGGCACUGGUCGUCGUUGUACGACCGACGAUUCCGAGGCCGCGCUCGCUCAGCAGCUGUUGGAGUUUACGUCGCGUGCGACCGAAGGCGACACAAUUAACGCCCAGGACGCCUUGUCGACUCUGCAGGCGGAAUUGCCCGUCAACGGCGUGAUCGUGGGCGUGCAGAACGGACUGGCGCGGGUGUCGGGGCUGCGACACGCGGCAAGUGGGAGCGUCGUGGCCGUGGCCGAUAUCGAGGGCCAGUUUUUGUGUCGUGGGCUGGUGCUGUUUCUCGAAACGAAAUGCGCGCAUGUGGCGUUAUUUUGUGUCGACCACGACACAAAAGUUGCCCCUGUCACGAAAGGGAUGACAGUGGCGCUGAAGCAGACACAGCUGGCGAUCCAUGGAAGUGUCGCAGCGUUUCGAGGAGCUCUUGUGGACCCGUUGGGAAGCGCCUGGCCGCUCGAAACAGACGAGCUGCACUCUGAAAUGGCGUCCAAGGCCGCAGCCACUGACCGUGUGCGCGUCACGUGGAGCGCCCAAAGUGUGCCGGGCCUUAUAUUCCGUGCGCCACUCUGCUCGCCUUUCGACACGGGACUAUUGGCGAUCGACUGUCUGCAUCCGAUGGCUCAUGGCCACCGCUUUGGUGUGUUGGGACCUGCUCAGUCGGGCAAGACGCGAGUCGCGCUGGACGUGAUUGCGCACCAAGUCGCUCACGCCAAAGCUCGGAAUGAACAGCCGCCGCAGUUUGUCUACGUGUGCAUUGGCAAAAGCUCAGCGAGGAUUCACCAGAUUCGGGAAGCUCUCAACGUGACGGGGGCGCUGGACUUUACGACCAUUGUGGCGGCAAGUGAUCAAGACUCGCCCGUGCUGCAGUACUUGGCACCGUUCACAGGCUGUGCCAUUGCAGAGUAUCUGAUGCAGCAUGGCAAAUCUCGACAGAGUGUUGUGGUGUACGAUGACUUGGCGACACAUACAACAGUCGUUGAAGGACUGGUGCAAGUGCUGCGGCUGCCUCGUGCUGCACAGAUUGGUCUCAGUGCACACGCAGUGCUGAUGGAACGCUCGGCUCAAUUUAAAAGUGAUUCAAAGAUGGAGGUGGGGCCGUCGCUUACGUCGCUCGUGCUGGUGAAUACUCCGGACAGUCGAGAGAUCCCGUCGGAGUUUCAAGAACGCGUGGCAUCGCUUGUUGAUGAUUUUGUUUGUCUAGAAGCGUCUCUCGCGCAGCACCGGAUGUUCCCGCCGAUAGACGUAUUGGCACCUGGCCCAUCAGUCCGAGGGCCACCUUUUCAGUCGGCAACGCGCUGGACGUUCAUGAGUCGGCUACGUGCGCGCAUUAAUGCUGCUGCACAAGUCAAGCACAAUGUUGAGGUCGCACGCAAGCUGGGUUUUGAGACCGAGCCGCAGGACGCCGAGAGGCUGGAACACCUUGAGCUCGUGCAGCAAUUUUUCUCGCAAAAGCCAUUGCUCUCGUCACUAAAGCCAGGAGUGCAAGGGACAGCAGUGACCGAGCUGGAGAUCGAUUUGGGUGCUUUUUUCUUGACCAUUGUUGACGUGGCGCAGCUGCCUGGCAGCGCAGGUGCUGAAGAGCCGCCAUUGGAUCUGUGGCAGUUUCUACGUGACGUCGUGGUCAGGCUUUCUCGAGCAGAAAACCACGACAUUUUGCACCAGUUGACUACACACACACGUACGAAGGCGUGGACCCUGGAUCUCCAAAAGAAUGUGGCUUCGGCGUUGUAUGAGGAGCUGAAGACAACCAAGCAGCGUCGAACGCAGGAGCACAAGGACGAGCAAGUGAGGAAGCGUAAGCAGUUGUUGCUCAAUCUUCAGAAGCGCGCGGCUAGAGAGACAGAAAAAUAG